GUGACAGCUGCGCGCCGGAAGCAGUCGGGCCUCUGCGCAGCCCCGCGGCGGCUGCACCGCGAAGUCGCUGCCGCUAUGCCGGUCACCGGGAAGACCUUCCGCCGGCGCCGGGCCGACUCUGAAUCGGAGGAAGAUGAGCAAGAUUCAGAGGAGGUUAGAUUGAAGCUGGAGGAGACCCGAGAGGUACAGAACUUGAGGAAGAGGCCCAACGGGGUGAGUGCUGCUGCGCUGCUGGUGGGCGAGAAGGUACAAGAAGAGACCACACUAGUGGACGACCCCUUCCAGAUGAAGACGGGCGGCAUGGUAGACAUGAAGAAGCUGAAGGAAAGAGGCAAAGAUAAGAUCAACGAGGAGGAGGACCUGCACUUGGGGACGUCGUUUUCUGCAGAAACCAACCGGAGGGAUGAAGACGCAGACAUGAUGAAGUACAUCGAGACGGAGCUGAAGAAGAGGAAAGGGAUCGUGGAGCACGAGGAGCAGAAGGUGAAGCCCAAGAAUGCGGAGGACUGUCUGUACGAGCUCCCUGAGAACAUCCGCGUGUCCUCGGCCAAGAAGACGGAGGAGAUGCUGUCCAACCAGAUGCUGAGCGGCAUCCCUGAGGUGGACCUGGGUAUCGAGUGCGUGCAGGCCGAGGGGCUGGGUCCUGUUCCUGUUCCGGCAGGCAUCCCUUGGGAGCCCUCGCCUUUGUACCCAGCACUCCCAGGAGCCCUCUGUGCUCACCCUCUCGCCAGGGUCCUCCAACUGUACCAUGCCUGCUUCCUGGGGACCAUCAGCAAAGAGUGCAGUGGUGCUAAAAUCAAAAACAUCAUCUCCACGGAGGAUGCCAAGGCCCGCUUGCUGGCAGAGCAGCAGAACAAGAAGAAAGACAGUGAGACGUCCUUUGUGCCCACCAACAUGGCUGUGAACUACGUGCAGCACAACCGAUUUUAUCACGAGGAGCUUAAUGCCCCCAUCCGGAGGAACAAAGAAGAGCCCAAGGCGCGGCCCUUGCGAGUGGGCGACACAGAGAAGCCAGAGCCGGAGCGGUCCCCGCCUAACCGCAAGCGUCCAGCUAACGAGAAAGCCACUGAUGACUACCACUAUGAGAAGUUCAAGAAGAUGAACAGGCGGUACUGAGGCUGCUGGGAGGCUGCGCACUGUGCAGCAGCCUACUGCUUCCUGACAGCUGACACACAGUCCCCAGACAUGCAGCAAGGCUGCUGCUACCCGCCGGGGUGUCAGACACUGACUGGGACCUUUCGCAGCAGGACAAUGUGUAGCUUUCCCAUUAAGGGCAAACUUAUUUCCUAUGAGCAUAUUAAAUUUUGUUUGUAAAUAC